ACAUUUUUUUAGCAGUAGCAUGUCCGUUUAAAGUUGUUCCAGGCUCAUKUUUCCUCAUUGUGAAUCAUCCCCUCUUCUGGUAUGUUUAAGAAAUGUAUCCAAGUUGCAAGAAAAGGUAUAAUUUGUUAUUUUUAUUCAUUUUAAAAUGUCUCAACAGUAUAUAUCAUGGCGUAAAUGCAAUUGGAUACAGUCAUAGGGGUUGUAGGCUGACAAGGAAGUGUAGUCACUUUAUUCUAAAUUUAAAAAAAGUUUUGACAGUCAUAUAUAAUGUAAGUUUUAACCCAGUAUCGACAUGCCGUGUACCCAAACUGAAGUUCUCKUACUCAGUUUGAGAGAAACUGAUAUCGGGACACCCCUACUCUUAGGUCUUUAGAUGAGUGUAGAUGUUCUCAAAUCUGAAUGUUUCUGCAUUGAUGUAUCCUUUUCAGAUGUGUAAGCUGCUCACUAAUGCACCCCCAUAUCAUCAGAGAGGCAGGUUUUUGAACUGUGGGCCGAUGACAGACUGAAUAGUAGAUUCAUACAGAAGAGCUCCAGGAUGUUUCAGCUGCUCCCGGGUCGGAUGCAUCCAACMGGAAAACAAAGUCAAAAAACCCGUCUGGUCACCAAAGAUGGGCACUGCAACAUCGAAUUUGGCAACAUUGAGUACACCAAMCACUUUGCGUACCUGGUGGACUUCUGGACUACCUUCAUAGAGAUCCGCUGGCGCUUUGUUCUCCUCUGGUUUGUAGUUAUGUUCAUCGGCAGCUGGUUCAUCUUCAGUCUGCUGUGGUACUGGAUUGCAAAGAGCAACGGGGACCUGAGAGGGCAGAACCACACAGUUGGACACGUUCGAUGCAUCGAGAACGUCACCGGCCUCACAACAGCGUUCCUGUACUCUUUGGAGACCCAAACAACCAUUGGGUACGGUGGACGGGUGCUGACUGAGCAAUGUGCCGUGGCGGUGAUUCUGCUGGUCUUCCAGUGCCUCGUUGGCAUCAUCAUCAACUGUUUUAUAUGUGGCGUCAUCCUAGCCAAGAUCUCCUUGCCCAAGAAAAGGGCAAAGACUGUGACCUUCAGCCACACCGCUGUGAUCUGCUUGAAGAAAGAAAGCCUGUGUCUCCUGAUCCAAGUGGCUAACCUUAGAAAAACGUUAUUAAUUGGAAGCCAGAUCUACGGUAAGCUGCUGAGGAUGACCACCACCCCUGAUGGAGACACCAUCAUUCUGGAUCAGGUGGACGUUGACUUCAUGGUUGAUGCUGGCAAGGACAACCUGUUCUUUAUUUGCCCUCUGACGCUCUACCACGUCAUCGACAGAGGCAGUCCGUUCUACGAGCUGACGGCUGAUACGCUCUCCCAACAGGACUUUGAAYUGGUGGUCUUUUUAGACGGGACAGCUGAGUCCACUAGCUCCUCCUGUCAGGUAAGAACCUCCUACAUCCCGCAGGAGAUUCAGUGGGGUUACAGUUUCCUGCCCAUCGUUUCCCGCACAAAGAUAGGGAAGUAUCAUGUGGAUUUCGCCAAUUUCUCCAGAAGCGUCCCCGUAUCCACGCCACACUGCAUCCACUGCUUCGAGAUGGGCACGGACCAGAGAAACCACAAUGACCACAGAGACCAGGAGAA